UACCUAACGACUACAAAGACAGACAAUUAAUGAAUGGAAAACAUUUUGGGUUAUUAUUUCCAAAGAAAUUAUGAAAUAAUGCUCAUUUUAAUCUGUAGCAUUUUCUUUUUCAGAUGUAUAUAGUUGUGGAAUUUACUGAAACAAAAACAGUAAACAUUAUAUCAGACUCGUGGUUUGAAGAUGGUAUGACUUGGUGGCCAAACUACAAAAGUGAUGAACGCAUCAAUAGAGCUGUCCAAAAACGGGAGGAACCAGGACCAGACUGGAAACAGUAUGAUGUUCGAGUCCUUUUAAGAGCUGGUGACUACAUGAAGGCAAAAGAAAAGCUGAGGGUCUCACUGAUCUGUAACACUUCAGAGUUACAAACUGAUGACGAGGAACAAGUGAUUAUGAGGAAAAGAAAAAGUAAGCCAAGGAUCAUUUUUGGUGAUACAGACUCUGACAGUGAGGCAGAUGAGUGGAACAAGAGAAGACGCACCUCCACUCCAUUGCCUCCUAUUCCUCCACCUACCCUCAAUGAAGUUUGCCAGACCACUACUAGACCUCUGCCAGGCCCGAGGCAUACUACAGCUCCUGCACCACUUGUCCCUAGCCCUCCACCUUACAUUCUUCCAAGUCCUCCACACCACUUCUCUGCUGGACAUCGUCCAGAUUUGAGGAGGCAAUCUGACCGUGGUUGUGACACAGCUCCAAUGUCACUGGUUGACACCCCUACGCGUCUGCCCCCAAGUCCUGUGUGCCGGAUCUCUGCCACCCCUCUGUCAGAUGAUGGCCAAGACCACCUUUUCGUCCCUAGCUUUAGACUGGGGAAGACCGGCACUGGACCUGUUCCUUGCUCUGCGGCUCAGCUGCACAUCCUGACCCUGCUGGAACACAUCAAGCAGCAGCAAAUGCAACUUGCUGCCGCUGUCAACAGUCUUGCUGCAAGAGUGGGUACAGAAACUCCAGUGGCUGAGAUGCCGGACAAUAUGAGUUUCCCACUGGCCACCAUGUCUGAAGUGGAGGAGUUGGAGGAGUGGCUGAAAGACUCGAGGAAUUCUCAUGCUAAGCAAAACAUGAUUUCUGCGCUUGGUGCUGUAGGAGGACAGAACACCAAGAGAAUAUCCUGGAAUGUUCUAUCAAAGAUUUUCUCUGACACAGUGGCCAAAAGAAUUAAUUGGAAAGGAGUAAAUGAAGCUGUAAGGAAGAAUCAUCAGAGUGCACCGGACAGUGAGAUUGACUCUUGCGCCAUAAGAUGGUUCAACCUGGCAUCUGACCGGGGAGGCGGCCGCAAAGACAGGGCGAUGGCCAAGGAGACAUCAACCUCUUAA